AUGUGGCUGGAAACCCCAUCUGGGAAACCAACCAUAGGAUACACAUUGGUGGUUGUAGGUGCACAGGCAGAUGAUGUGACAGGUGGACCACAGGAGACAACGUCUAGGCCCUCUGCGCGUUCAGAUAUGUUACCAGACAUGACCCUGUUGUUGGCUGUGUUCCAGGCUGCCAGCACAACUGAAACUCUAGUGGUGGCAGCAGGUCAAACCCCAUGGGCAUCUUCCAAAGCAGAGGGGACAUCUGCAACUGAUGGUGGCUGUUGCAUGCCCUGGCUGCAUGCUGAAUUUGGAGCUUAUCACUUGCAUAAACUCUACAUAUCUGAGAAUACCAUUUCAGAUCUUACAGAACUAUCAAACCUGCAGAAAUUCUUUCUGCUACAAGUAUUAGACAUGAGGAACAAUAAAAUAACUGAGCUUUCUGGAUACCGAGAACUUGUUUUGCACACAGUUCCCUCAGUAAAACACCUAGAUGGAUGUGAAGUUACUUAUGUGGAAAAGGUGAGAGUGGGUGUCAGUCAUACUACAAGACCAAAAGAACCUAAUGAAAUUGAUGGGGUGUAUUACCAUUUUGUGUCCCAAAAAGAAUUUGAUGAUUUGGUAAAACAUGGAGAAUUUAUGUCUGUCACAGAAACUCUAGGGAGCUGUUAUGGGUUUGGUCCACAAAAAUCAGGAGUAUCAAACAGUGCACCAGUAAGUAUAAAAAAGGGGACAGGUGCUUGUAUGUGUGGACAAGAAACCUGCCUGUGUAACAUAACUUACACAACUUAUGACAAUAAUGUAAGUUACUACACACCUGAGUCAAAACAGCUUGAAGAAAUCUACAUUAGAUCUUCACUGAAGAUGAGACAGGAGUACCUUGAUAUGCAUUAUCAGAAUCCUGGUUUCUUUUCAAAAGUAAUUUUUACUGAUGACCUGGACAGUGCUUAUUCAGAAUUAAUGAAAUUCCUUAAAAGUGUGUACAGAGGAAGACUCCAUCAGAUACCACUGUACUCGUUAGAUGGGGAUCACUAUUACCAAGAGGUGGUCUGUGAGAAGCUAGAUUACUACAACAACAUAAUUAAUAAUCACAAUUUUAAAGGAGUCAAACAGUUAGAACCAUUAUAGUGAAUUUGUGGUGAACUGUGUAAAAAUAUUCAAAAAAUAAAUGU